AUUUUUUUACAUUGGUAGAUUAAUUUCUUUCUUGUAUAAUAAUACUCACAAAAACUGCAUAAAGCUGCUUCUUUUCCUCUUGUUCCUGCUUCUUCUCUCUCUCUCUCUCUCUCUCUCUCUCUCUGCAUUUUUUUGUUACUUGUUUUUGUGUUGGCACUAGUACUAGUUCUUGUCUCCUUCAGUCUCUGACCUUUUUGCCAGCUUUGACCUGAGAAGAUGCUUGUGGCAUUGCUCUUGCUUCUUGCAUUGAGCAAUGCCGUGAAUGUUUAUGGAGAUGUUGAGAUAUGUCGUUUGAAUCCUAAAUUGGAUCCUAGACCACACAGUGUCUCUAUUUUGGAAUUUGGUGCAGUUGGAGAUGGUAAAACACUGAAUACAAUUGCAUUUCAGAAUGCAAUUUUCUAUCUCAAGUCAUUUGCUGAUAAGGGUGGUGCUCAGCUCUAUGUGCCACCAGGAAACUGGCUUACUGGUAGUUUCAAUCUUACCAGCCAUCUCACCCUCUUUUUGGAAAAAGGUGCUGUCAUUAUUGGAUCUCAGGAUCCAUCUCAUUGGAAUAUUAUUGAAGCUUUACCUUCUUAUGGCCGAGGGAAAGAUGUUCCUGACGGAAGAUACAAGAGCUUGAUAAAUGGUAACCAGUUGGAGGAUGUGGUCAUAACAGGCAAUAAUGGAACCAUUGAUGGCAAUGGAAUGGUUUGGUGGGACUCGUAUAAGUCUCAUUCCCUUAACCACAGUCGUCCUCAUCUAGUUGAAAUUAUAUCAUCUGAUUUCGUCGUAGUUUCAAAUCUUACAUUCUUGAAUGCUCCAGCAUAUAGCAUCCACCCUGUUUAUUGCAGCAAUGUACAUAUUCAAAACAUUUCAAUCUCUACUCCUCCAGAAUCCCCUUAUACUGCCGGUAUAGUACCAGAUUCUUCUAAUAAUGUCUGUAUAGAAGAUUGUUUUGUUUCCAUUGGUUUUGACGCAAUUUCUCUCAAAAGUGGAUGGGAUCAGUACGGCAUUAACUAUGGAAGACCAAGUGAGAAAGUACAUAUAAGAAGGGUUCAUCUUCGUGCAUUUACCGGCUCUGCUAUUUCAUUUGGUACUGAAAUGUCUGGUGGAAUUUCAAAAGUCCUGAUAGAGCAUGUUAACAUUUUCAACUCAAAUAGUGGCAUUGAGUUCAGAACAACCAAAGGAAGAGGUGGUUACAUAAAAGAAAUUGCUUUAUCACACAUAGAAAUGGAAAAUGUUCAUACAGCAAUUUCAGCCAAAGGUAAUUCUGGUUCUCAUCCUGAUGACAAAUUUGAUCCAAAAGCACUUCCACUUUUGGAUCACAUAACAUUGAAGGAUAUAACUGGAAAAAAUAUUACAAUCGCCGGAAGCUUAAGUGGCAUAGAAGAAUCACCCUUCACAAACAUAUGCCUUUCAAAUAUAACCUUGUCUACAAAUUCCGUUUCUUCAAGUAAAUGGGAAUGUUCAAAUGUCUCGGGAUUUUCAGACUCGGUGUUGCCUAAACCUUGUCAAGAACUCGGCAACCCUUCAAAUUCUUCAUCAUCAUCGUGUUUCUACCUCAUGAGUCUCGGUCAAAAAACUGCAGCGAUUUAAUAAACUGUUCUCAAAACACUGGACAGGCGCAAGUGAUUGGUGCACAGUGCGAGUGUUGUAAAUCCUUGGAUACCGAAUUUGAUUCCUGCUCAUAAAAAAAGAAAAAAGAAGAUGAAGUGAAUUGCCAUUUGCCAUUUGAGAGUAGGGUACAUUCUUUCCAAAAUAAGACAGUUCAUUUUUUUUUCUCUUUUGUUCCUUUCAUUCCUUAGAUUUCAAUUCUUGCAUAUUCCAAAAUAGGUCAUUAUUUGUACAGCUUCAUUUCUUCAUUCAUGUGUAAUGAAAUUUUGGUAGUGCCUUUACAAAAGGACUCAAAAUGUGAUAGUUUACAUUUUUGCAUUAGUUUCAUUGUUAUUUCAUUUCACUGUAAAGCAUGUAGUGGAUUUGGUGAUACUUCAAUCAAUUAAAGAAAGUGCAACUUCAAUUUAUAAUUAUUCA